AAGCUUUCGAAUGUUAAAUGCAUACUAUGGUAAAGCACCAAAAGGGUUGACCGAUUGAUAGGAGAGACUGUUGAGAGACUAGAGGCCACGUGGAAAGGUAUUUAAUUUAGUGUCUUGGCGUGUCUCUUUCCUCGCCUCUCUCGCUUCUUCUCCUGCCUGUCUACAAUUAACACUCACUGCCAAACAUCAUCCGCCACACGAGGAACGAGUGAGUGGAAAACUUACUAGAAGUUGAGUUACUUUAGUUUACAAUUCUAGGUUCCUGCAGUUUUUUCAGAUAUGGCAGUGGUAAGUGCUUUUGGAGCUGCCAGUCUGAACUUGAAGACCUCUUCUCAUUUUCCCACCCCUUCAUUUCCCAUUUCUCCACCAACUUCUUAUGGAAUCUCAACUGGGGUUUUGCCUCUUGCAUGGUCUGCUUCAAGACAAAGAAGGGAUAUCUUCAGUCAGUCUCUUGCAUUGAAGAAUGAGAUUGUUCAAGCUAAUGAAGUAGCUGAAACAGUAGAAGAAGAACUGCAAGAGCCUAAUGAGACAGUGUUAUACUCUCUCUCUCCUCUACCGUUGCUAUGUGUGGCUGCACUUCCUGGAGCUGGGGCUGUUAGGUCUCUCUUUGGGCCUUUUGUUGAGCUUGUGAAGUCUUGGAAUCUUCCUGACUGGCUUGUGCACUGGGGUCACCCUGGCAACAUGGCUGUUGUGCUCUUAGCCAUGGGUGGUUAUGGAACGUAUCUGGGUUUCCGCAUACGUUUUUCUGAUGAUGUGGAAGAGAAGGCCAAUGCCAAAGACUUGCACCCAAAACUUCUCGGUGGCAUGUUUUUCUUCUUUGCUCUUGGUGCAACUGGUGGGAUUACAUCACUUCUUACUUCAGACAAACCCAUCUUCGAAAGUCCUCAUGCAGUAACAGGCUUCACUGGCCUUGCUCUCUUGACCAUACAAACAAUUUUGCCCACAUUAUUUGAGGGGAAUCCUGGAUUAAGAAAUGUUCAUGGGAUCUUAGGUAGCGGUAUCAUGACGCUUUUUCUGGUCCAUGCUGCCUUCGGACUUCAACUUGGCUUCAGCUACUAGCGCCUACGACCUUGUGAUUUUUUGUUUUCCCAUUCCUACACAUAAUGAACAUGGGCAAAAGAGAUGGUACACAACCUAUGAUGAUUUUCCAGAAAAAUUCACAGGGCAAUGAUGCUACUAUAUAUCUGUGAUUGAUAUUUCUGUCCUGAAGGCCUCAUACAAAACCAUGUAAUAGAGAUGCAUAAAGAGCCAAAUGCAAGUGGCUAUUUUUUACAGAAGCUGCAAUCAAUUCAAUGUUGUUCAACUGAAUGAAGUGAUUUACAAAAUGAAUGGUUUUUUCCUUGUUGCA